AUGUUCAGGAACGCCAUUCGCCAGUCCAGCCGGACCGUCGGCGCCAUCUCUGCGACCGGCAGAAUCGCUGCGGCCCGGCCCGCCGUCCCAGCUGUCUUCAACGGCGCCACCAAGCAGGUCCGAACCUACGCCGCUGAUGCCAAGGCUUCUCCCACCGAGGUCUCUUCGAUCCUCGAGCAGAGAAUCCGCGGUGUCCAGGAGGAGGCUGGUCUUGCUGAGACCGGCCGUGUCCUUUCGGUCGGUGAUGGUAUCGCCCGUGUUCACGGCAUGAACAAUGUCCAGGCUGAGGAGCUUGUCGAGUUCGCCUCUGGUGUCAAGGGCAUGUGCAUGAACUUGGAAGCCGGCCAGGUCGGUGUUGUGUUGUUCGGUUCCGACCGUCUUGUCCGUGAGGGCGAGACUGUCAAGCGUACCGGAGAGAUCGUUGACGUCCCCGUCGGCGAGGCCAUGCUUGGCCGUGUUGUUGACGCUCUUGGUAACCCCAUUGAUGGCAAGGGUCCCAUCAACACCACUGAGAAGCGCCGUGCUCAGCUCAAGGCUCCCGGCAUUCUUCCCCGUCGCUCUGUCAACCAGCCCGUGCAGACUGGUCUCAAGGCCGUCGACGCCAUGGUUCCCAUUGGCCGUGGUCAGCGUGAGUUGAUCAUUGGUGACCGUCAAACUGGAAAGACUGCCGUCGCUCUCGACGCUAUGCUCAACCAGAAGCGCUGGAACAACACCAACGACGAGUCGCAGAAGCUCUACUGUGUCUACGUCGCCGUCGGUCAGAAGCGUUCCACCGUCGCUCAGCUCGUCAAGUCCCUUGAGGAGAACGAUGCGAUGAAGUACUCCAUCAUCGUUGCUGCCACUGCCUCCGAGGCUGCUCCUCUUCAGUACCUUGCUCCUUUCACUGGCUGCUCCAUUGGUGAGUGGUUCCGUGACAACGGCAAGCACGCCGUCGUUGUCUAUGACGACCUUUCCAAGCAGGCUGUUGCCUACCGUCAGAUGUCCCUGCUGCUCCGUCGUCCCCCCGGUCGUGAGGCCUAUCCCGGAGACGUCUUCUACCUCCACUCUCGUCUCCUUGAGCGUGCUGCCAAGCUCAGCGAGAAGCACGGUGGCGGUUCCUUGACUGCUCUUCCCAUCAUUGAGACCCAGGGUGGUGACGUGUCUGCCUACAUUCCCACCAACGUCAUCUCCAUUACCGACGGUCAGAUCUUCUUGGAGGCUGAGCUGUUCUACAAGGGUAUCCGCCCCGCCAUUAACGUCGGUCUUUCCGUCUCUCGUGUCGGUUCCGCUGCCCAGCUCAAGGCUAUGAAGCAAGUCGCUGGUAGCUUGAAGCUUUUCUUGGCCCAGUACCGUGAGGUCGCUGCCUUCGCCCAGUUCGGUUCCGACUUGGAUGCUGCUACUAAGCAGACUCUUAGCCGUGGUGAGCGUCUCACUGAGCUGCUCAAGCAGAAGCAGUACACUCCCAUGGCCGUCAACGAGAUGGUUCCCCUCAUCUACGCUGGUAUCAACGGAUUUUUGGACAGCGUCCCGGUCAACAAGAUCCUUCAGUGGGAGCAAGACUUCCUUGCUCACCUGAAGAGCAACGAGUCUGACCUUCUCUCCCAGAUCGAGAAGGAGGGCCAGCUCAGCAAGGAGGUUGAGGGCAAGCUGAAGGAUGUUGUCGAUUCUUUCACCAAGAGCUUCCUUUCUUAA